UCUCACAAUUCCUGAUUUUGAUCGAAACCCAUCAGAGCAAAAUUCAACCUUUGUGGGAUUGCAUCCACUUUCUUGGAUCAAAUUCACCUAAAAAGUUUUGUCAUUUGGCACUUUUCAUAAAAUUCCAAUAUUGUUGUUGGUCCAAAAUCUUGCAAAUACAUUUAAUUCCUCUUCUCUCUUCCUGAUUUGGGAUAUUUGGAAGUAUGGAGGUGUCUGUGAUUGGGAGCUCUCAGCUUAAUCUUAGAAGGAUUGAUAAUGUUGGAUUGUGUAAUCUUAGAAGAAAUUUGAGUGCUAACAUCUUGAAUUUCAAGUAUAGCAAUUAUUCAAAGGGAUACAACCUUGUUCAGUGCCCAAGAUUUUUAUGGCCUUCAAGAUCUGCAGUUCUCAGUCUUAGGGCAUCUUCUUCUGCUCAAAAUCAACCUCUUGUUUACGACAAAGCUUCAAAUAUUACAACAAACAUAUCUAUUGAUGGCACAAAGCUGUGUGUUGGUUUGCCACUUGACACUGUCUCCAGCUGCAACUCGAUAAACCAUGCUCGAGCCAUUGCUGCAGGGCUUAAGGCUCUGAAGCUGUUAGGAGUAGAUGGUGUGGAGCUCCCGGUGUGGUGGGGAGUAGCCGAGAAGGAAGGAAGGGGGGAUUACAACUGGUCGAGCUACCUUGCCAUAGUCGAAAUGGUGAAAAGUUUGGAUCUUGAGCUACAUGUAUCUCUUUGCUUCCACGCCUCUGAAGAUCCCAAGCUGCCUCUCCCAGAAUGGGUUUCGCGGAUUGGUGAUUCGAACCCAAGCAUUUACUUCACGGACAAAUCCGGGCAGCAGUAUAAAGACUGUCUUUCAUUAGGUGUGGAUGAUGUUCCUGUUUUAGAUGGAAAGACUCCACUUGAAGUGUACAAGGAACUUCUUGAAAGCUUCAAAUCCUCGUUUUCGCCUUUCAUGGGCUCCACGAUCACAGGCUUGACAAUUGGUCUCGGACCGGAUGGCGAGCUACGGUAUCCAUCCCAACGAGCAACGAGCACGAGUCUCAUCGGGGCCGGGGAGUUCCAAUGCUAUGACGUGAAUAUGCUUAGCCAGCUGAAGCAGCACGCAGAAGCACACGGGAACCCUCUGUGGGGGCUCGGUGGCCCCCAUGAUGCUCCCGGCUACAACGAGUCUCCUAUGGCGGGAGGGUUCUUUGCAGAGAAUGGCGGAGCUUGGGAGAAUCAGUAUGGCGAUUUCUUCCUCUCUUGGUAUUCAAGCCAACUGUUAUCACACGGGGAUCGAGUUCUCUCUCUGGCUGCCUCGACCUUCAGAGACGUCCCAGUAGCAUUGUCGGGGAAAACUCCUCUGAUGCACCGGUGGAGCAAAGCGCGAUCACACCCUUCAGAGUUAACCGCAGGAUUCUACAACACGGCCAGCAGAGACGGAUAUGGGGACGUUGCUGAGAUGUUCUCGAGAAACUCAUGCCAGAUGAUACUACCAGGCUUCGACCUGACAGACGACAGGCAGCCUGCUGAAUCAUGGUCGAGCCCGGAAACCCUACUGGCAGCAAUGCAGGCUAGUUGCAGGAAGCACAAGACUGUGGUGUCGGGGCAGAAUGCGGUGGUUUGUGGAUCCCCGAGGAGCUUCGAGCAGAUCAGCAAGAACUUGAUGGGCGAAAAUGCAGUGGCGAAAUUGUUUACAUAUCAAAGGAUGGGAGCAGAUUUCUUCUCCCCGGAGCACUUCCCGCGCUUCACGCAGUUCGUCCGCAGCCUCAACGAGCCGGCUCCAUUGGUCGAUGAUUUGGCCGGGGAAGAUGAGGAAAGUGCGGAAUCUCUCUUGGGUAUUAAUAUGCAGAUGCAGACGGCGUAACCGCGUGAAUAUGGCAGCUGAAGUGUAUGUAAAUAUGAUCAUUUUGGUUUGGUCCAAAUAUGUAUAUUUGCUUUUUUGGAGUAUAGGGUUGUACAUGGUGGUGUGUAGACUGUAGAAACAAUUUCUAAAUGAAUUUUACAACAGUUGUUCUUCAACUUA